AUGGGGAAUUCGCAUUGCUACGGGCAUUAUUACGCCUGCGCCUGUUUUGGUGCUGAUGAGAUCGCGGCGAAAGAAACGUGGGGCGAGUUCAAGGGCUUUGCUGAGCCAGGAUUUCACUGCUUUCCGAUUCCAUGUGUCUACAACACGAACGACAUGAUAGCAACCACGAGGCUGCAAUUCCAUACUACCAAUUGCGAGACGAAGACAAGGGAUCAGGUUUUUUGAGGAAAUGAAUAAAUUGCGACUCUCUGACUCUUUAUUAGGUUUAGACAAUAAUAGGGUUAGGGUGGAAGUAGAUUACUUACAUGGCACUACCUAGAAGUACUAGUUUACCAAAACUAAAAAGUAUGUAUCAUCAUCAUGUACACGUACAGGAAAUCAAUGCAAUUAUCGAUCAUAAUUGUAGUAAGGCAGCACGGCAGCAUCAAAACACCAGAAGAACCGCUCGAACUCACCUAGCAGCACAUGAAUCAUGAUCUAUUACGUAGAUGAUUUGAAAACUAGGUCUUUGUCGAACUUGCCGUACAGUUGCAGUAUCGGGUAAACACAGAUGAUCCGUACAACGUUUUCUACAGAGUCGAUUCCAUUGAGGAUAAGCUGAGCUCAUUCGUCAAGGACAUUAUUCGGGCCCAGAUACCAACUAUGGACCUGGACGAGGUCUUUACAGACUCGGUUCGCGUCAAAAAAGACAUGAGGGAACGAAUGAAUCGUACUAAGUAGUUAUCAUGAUCUUACUUUGCUCCGUUUCCGUAGAAGCAAUGGCAAUGUUGGGGGCAUCAUCUGUACGACUGUAGCCACUGAUGUAGUGAUAACAUCACGGUCUCUCUUGGUCGUGAUUUAUUUGAUUGGCAUACUCAUUGGUUCUCAAUUACUCACCAAAUAAUAUAUAAAAAGAAUAAUCUUAACCAAUGUGAAAUAGAGUAUAUUGGGCCAUCGAGCUACUUCAUCUGCAGCCCACCUGAUGAAUAUUUCUUGUGACUCCUUCGCGCCAAGCCGCAUAAUUACCUUGUUGAAGGCCUCAAAAAGAUCUUACUAAAUCUAGAAAACUCGCUUUAGCAACCCUCUGUCACUCAUACAAUCUAGAAAACUUCACCUUUCUCCUAACUAAAGCCGUCCUCGCUGGUUUCGGUUACCAACUCGUCGACACGCUGAUAGUAGAUUUGAAGCCGAAUCGCGUCGUUGCUGCAUCGAUGAACGAGAUUCAAGCGGAGCAGCGGCUAAGGGUAGCUGCCUACGAUCGCGCCGAGGCGCAAAAGAUCAUGACUGUGAUCCAAGGUGAGGCGGAAGCAGAAGCAAAGUUCCUUCACGGUAAGGCUACAGCGAGUAUGCGCAAGGCGAUUAUCGAUGGUCUCAAGAGCAGCUUCACAGACUUUGAGGCGAACUUGGUAGCCAAAAACGAAAGCGUGUCAAGACAUCAGGUAGUAAACUUAUUUAAGUUGUAUGUGGUCUUUUCAGCUGUCACAACACCGCUCUAUAUCGACAUCUUGCAACAAUCAACACAGCAUCUUCUCCGAUGAACACAAUUUCAUCACACAAGCACAGUCACAAGCCCGUCCUACCCUCUAUAACAUCCAGCUUUUUCUUCAGGUAAUGGAUCUGCUAUUGAUCAUCCAAUAUUUCGAUUAUCUGGCGGAAGUCGGGGGCGGAAAAUUUUCUACGAAGCCGGAGUCGAAAAUAGGCGAAGUAAGUUUCCUGUACCACAACCCUGGCGCGAUGGCAGACAUGCGAAAGAUCAUUCAGAAUUACAUACAAAAAGGCGCUGACGAACCUGCGGUGUGAGGACGUGAAGCUGCUAGUGACCAUUAUCACGAGGAAGCACUGCUACUGCACUUCAAUUGCUCGUAUGCUUGGGUACAAUUCUCAGGCCUACACGCUAUUGUCGAGGAUUAUCAGCAGCAGUCAUGAUGGGGGUUCUGGCUGUUUUGUCAGGGCGCGGAGGUAAUGACAACAUGUGACCUUCAGUUAUCAUGACGAGCACGAGGCGGUUAUGAGCACCUUGAUGUAGUCAAACUCUCCUGCUUUUGGAUGGCUUUGUCCGUGCAGACUCAACGACAUUCCUUCACGAUCGUAUCCCAUUUGCCAUUUCAAUCCCCACGACAUCGUCAAAUACUUGCGCAAAUAUAGGAAGUCAAAGCCUCAUCAUGAGGCUUUCAUGCACGACAGAACAAAGAUUGUGGGUUCGCUUUUUCCAAGCGAGAUUCUGAG